AUGCAACAACUAUCAGACUUUGUAUCUCAAUCUCCACUCUUGGCUCUCCCGCGAGAACUUCGGGACGAAAUCUAUUCAUACAUGGUUCUACCACAGCAUGUAUACACUGCAACCCCGAAGCCAAGCUCUCACUCUCUACAUCGCAGUCGUCUAGCUGCACGCCUAAAUUCGAAUCUCGAAGAGUCUAUCGAGAGUGCUAAGGAUGACGGAUCCGUCAGAAUUACCGUGGAGAUAUUGGUUCUGAUUCGCGGAUCAAUGGGGUCUUAUAUACCUUCUCGAGAUAAGCCUUCGCCUCGGUUUCUUGCGAUGCUUCCUUUACUUCGCCAUCUCAAGAAGGUCAAGUUCCUUGUUUGGGGUGGAUGGGACUUUUGGUUCGGUCCUCCAAAGCGGAGGCCUGGAUCGGGAAGACAUCAAAAGGCUCUUCCAUCUGUUGAACAGAACCCUCUAUCCAUCGCACUCAAAACCUUGAUGAGUUAUUUACCAAAUGUCGAAGAGGUGAAUAUCGACUUGCUAAUGCACAUACGCGACUACUGGAAUCUAGACCUCCCGGACAUCAAAUGGGCGGGUAUUGAAGGGUGGUUGCUGGAACCAAUCUAUCAAGCCUCCAACGUACAUCUCAGGAAGGUGCAUAGGAGACUUAUGGCUUGCAAUGCAGACAAUCAGAGCGCCACUUUCUAUCAUAAACUAGAAAUCCGCAAUGAUUUGGGCCAUAGCAACUCUAGACUUCUUCUGCAUACGUCGGAGGGAACAGGUGAGGUGAGUUGA